AAAUCCACUUUCCAAAUUUUAGGUAUAUAAGUAUAUUGAAGCGGAAUUUCGAGAGGUUAUAAGAAGAACGAUCUUGUAACGCUUUUUCGUAGGGGUGAUCAUGGUAGAGAAUAUGUCACCUGCUAGAGAUACGGUUGCGUUUUUCAACUAUACGGAGCUUCAUGAUCGCCCACGCUCUUUUGCUAGUUUGUCUCCUUCACUUGGUGAGCUUCUGAAGCGAGUUGGAGACGUACGGAGGGAGGCAGCUGGAGAUGGGAACGAGACUCCGGUGCAUCAGGUGCUGGACAUGAACGGCAAGAGCUUGGAGCCGAGGUCCUUGCCUUUCGUGCUCUCCUUCGACAACCUCACAUACAGUGUCAAAGUUCGCCGGAAAAUUAGUUUUUCGUCGGUUUUUCAACGAGGGAACACACUUGGUGGUUCUCCGACAGACAAGACAGUCGUCGACGGCAGCUUAUUUACGAAAACGAAGACUCUGUUAAACAACAUCUCUGGCGAGGCUCGAGAGGGUGAGAUUAUGGCCGUUCUCGGAGCGAGUGGCUCCGGGAAAUCGACGUUGAUUGAUGCACUGGCUAAUAGGAUUGCGAAAGGAAGCUUGAAAGGAACGGUGACUUUAAAUAGCGAGGUGUUGGAAUCCAGAUUGUUGAAGGUGAUCUCUGCCUAUGUGAUGCAGGAUGAUUUGCUCUUCCCGAUGCUCACAGUGGAAGAAACUCUAAUGUUUUCGGCUGAGUUUCGAUUACCUCAAACGCUUUCGAAAUCGAAGAAGAAACUGCGGGUUCAGGCGUUGAUUGACCAGUUAGGGCUGCGGAACGCAGCGAAAACCAUCAUCGGAGACGAAGGACACCGCGGCGUCUCCGGGGGAGAGCGGCGGCGAGUCUCGAUCGGAAUCGACAUAAUCCACGAUCCGAUCAUCCUUUUCCUCGACGAGCCUACAUCUGGACUCGAUUCAACUAGUGCAUUCAUGGUGGUGAAAGUUCUACAGAGGAUUGCUCAGAGCGGGAGCAUUGUCGUUAUGUCCGUACACCAGCCGAGUUAUCGGAUUCUCGGAUUGCUAGAUCGAUUGUUGUUUCUCUCUCGUGGACAAACCGUUUACAGUGGCUCCCCUGCCAAUCUUCCUCAGUAUUUUGCAGAGUUUGGCCAUCCGAUUCCAGAAAAUGAGAACAGGACUGAAUUCGCGCUCGAUCGGAUUCGAGAACUCGAAGGCUCUCCGGAAGGAACCAAGAACUUGGUUGAAUUCCACAAAUCAUGGCAGAGUAUGCAGAACAUUUCAAAAUCAGAGUCGGAUCACCAGAGUAUAUCGUUAAAAGAAGCAAUCAGUGCGAGCAUUUCACGAGGCAAGUUAGUCUCCGGCGCAACCAACAACGACGCGAGCCCUAACUCCAUGGUUCCGACCUUCGCAAAUCCAUUUUGGAUAGAAAUGGCGGUUUUAUCUAAACGAUCUAUACUAAACUCCCGCCGUAUGCCGGAGCUUUUCGGAAUCCGACUCGGCGCCGUUCUGGUCACCGGUUUCAUCCUCGCUACCAUGUUUUGGCAACUCGAUAACUCACCAAAAGGAGUUCAAGAACGGUUAGGGUUCUUCGCUUUCGCCAUGUCUACAACCUUCUACACCUGCGCCGAUGCUCUUCCGGUGUUUCUGCAAGAACGUUACAUUUUCAUGAGAGAAACAGCCUAUAACGCAUAUCGGAGAUCCUCCUACGUCCUCUCUCACUCUCUGGUAGCCUUGCCGGCGCUAAUCUUCCUUUCCUUAGCUUUCGCAGCAACGACGUUUUGGGCCGUCGGACUGGACGGCGGAAUUUCAGGUUUCUUGUUCUACUUUCUGAUCAUUUUUGCUGCGUUCUGGGCCGGAAGUUCAUUCGUCACUUUCCUUUCGGGAGUAGUUCCUCAUGUAAUGCUCGGCUACACCAUUGUUGUAGCAAUUUUAGCUUACUUCCUUCUCUUCAGUGGAUUCUUCAUCACACGCGAACGAAUUCCAGGUUACUGGCUCUGGUUCCAUUACCUUUCUCUGGUCAAGUAUCCGUAUGAAGCCGUUUUACAGAACGAAUUCAACAAUCCUGCGAAAUGCUUCGUGAGAGGCGUGCAGAUUUUCGACAACACGCCGCUGGGACUCGUGCCGACCGCCAUGAAAUUGAAGCUUCUGGAGAAUCUGAGCAACACUUUAGGGAUGAAGAUAACGAGAUCCACUUGCUUGACGACGGGUUCUGACAUUCUUCAACAGCAGGGAGUGAUGGAUUUGAGUAAGUGGAAUUGCUUGCUGGUGACUGUGGCGUGGGGAUUCUUGUUCAGGAUUCUGUUCUACUUCUCGCUCCUCAUUGGAAGCAAGAACAAGAGAAGAUGAACAAAAUUUACAAUCGGAUUUCUAUUAUUUGUUUAGUUGGAAGGAAUAUUCAAAUGAGUUUUAAUUCUUCGAAA